GGUGUGUUUGAGUGUAUCUAGCCUUUUUUCUCUUCAGACGCUCUGCUGUGCGCACAGACUGGAGACAAAGCGCAGAGAGGAGUCCACUUCUCCAUGUGAUCGGUCGGGGAGGGCGCAAAUCAGAUCCUGUCCCCGCAUCUUUAAAAAAAGAAAAAAAGAAAAGAUUUUAUCUACUCUGCAUGGACAGUUAACCAACUGCGCCUCCUUUUUUUCUGCCGGAGUCCACUCACUCAGUGCCCCCCUUCCUCCCUCCCUCCUCCUCAGCUUCAACAUCUGUGAAGUGGCUGCCUCACCGGCUCGCACCGGAGGCCGUCUGGUCUCUGAUCUGGUCUCUGGAGUCACUGGAGACUCCGCACGCUCCGUCAGAGCCAGGCUGUGCGGCUCUCGGAUCAGACCCGAGCCACCCCGAGCUCUGGCGAUGGAGAUGAUGGAGGGAGACGUCAUGGACAAACUGGAGGACAUGUCAUCGGUGUACGACUUCGACCCGAUCACCGGCAACAUCCCGGCCACCAAAGUAGAAAUCACCGUCUCCUGCAGAAACCUGCUGGAUAAAGACACAUUCUCUAAGUCAGAUCCAUUGUGCGUUCUCUAUACGCAAGGUGUUGAAACCAAACAGUGGAGAGAGUUUGGCAGAACGGAGGUGAUAGACAACACACUAAACCCAGACUUUGUUCGAAAGUACAUCUUGGACUACUUUUUUGAGGAGAAGCAGAACCUUCGCUUCGACUUGUAUGAUGUCGACUCCAAAAGCCCAGACCUGUCCAAACAUGACUUUUUGGGUCAGACGUUCUGUACUCUUGGAGAGAUUGUUGGAUCACCAGCCAGUCGACUGGAGAAACCACUUGGAGGGAUCCAAGGGAAGAAAUGUGGCACUAUCAUCCUGUCCGCAGAGGAGCUGAGCAAUUGUCGAGACAGCGCCACUAUGCAGUUCUGUGCCAACAAGCUGGACAAGAAGGACUUCUUUGGCAAGUCGGACCCUUUUAUGGUCUUCUACAGAAGCAACGAGGAUGGAACGUUUACUAUCUGCCAUAAAACAGAGGUGGUGAAGAACACAUUAAAUCCCGUGUGGCAGCCUUUCACUAUCCCAGUGCGAGCUCUCUGCAAUGGAGACUAUGACAGAACAAUCAAGGUGGAGGUCUACGACUGGGAUAGGGAUGGCAGCCAUGACUUCAUUGGGGAUUUUACGACCAGCUACCGAGAGCUAGCUCGAGGGCAGAGCCAGUUCAAUGUGUACGAGGUCAUAAAUACUAAGAAGAAAAUGAAGAAAAAGAAAUAUGUCAACUCUGGAACAGUGACCCUGCUGUCAUUCUCAGUGGAGUCAGAGUUCACAUUCUUAGAUUACAUCAAAGGAGGGACGCAAAUCAAUUUCACUGUUGCCAUCGAUUUCACAGCAUCUAAUGGCAACCCCUCCCAGUCCACUUCGCUGCAUUACAUGAACCCCUACCAGCUGAACGCCUACGCCAUGGCACUGAAGGCUGUUGGGGAGAUCAUUCAGGACUACGACAGUGACAAGAUGUUCCCCGCUUUGGGUUUUGGAGCAAAACUGCCCCCAGAUGGACGAGUUUCACAUGAGUUUCCACUGAAUGGAAACAUCGAAAAUCCGUACUGCAAUGGUAUUGAGGGAAUCUUAGAGGCAUACCACCAGAGUUUGAAAACGGUGCAGCUGUAUGGGCCAACUAACUUCGCUCCUGUGGUGAACCAUGUUGCCAGGUAUGCAGCUGCAGUGCAAGAUGGCUCGCAGUACUUUGUCCUUCUCAUCAUCACGGAUGGCGUCAUUUCCGACAUGGCACAGACCAAAGAGGCCAUAGUAAAUGGUGCCAAGCUUCCCAUGUCCAUCAUCAUAGUUGGAGUGGGUCAGGCUGAAUUUGACGCUAUGGUGGAGCUGGAUGGUGAUGACAUCAGGAUCUCGUCCCGGGGGAAACUGGCAGAGAGAGACAUUGUUCAGUUUGUUCCCUUCAGAGAUUAUAUGGACCGGACAGGCAACCACGUGUUGAGCAUGGCUCGACUCGCUAAAGACGUGUUAGCGGAGAUCCCAGACCAGUUCAUCUCUUACAUGAAGAGCCGGGGGAUCAAACCCAACCCGGCACCACCUCCCUACACACCACCCGGACACACACACUACCACACACAGAUCUGAAGCCCUCCUCUUGGCUUUUCACUGAGGACUGACAGCAUGCAGCAGCCACUCAAGAGUCCAGUGGGAACUCACUACAUCCAGUUUUUUUGGUGCAAACAGGAGCCGACGCACCAGGUAAUGGGUGUCGAAUUUUGUGCCGUAUCCUCCCAGUGACAAUCGGAGCAGCUUCUUUUUCCUGGUUUGUUUUUCUGUGAUAUAUUCAUUUGGAUGAUUUCCCUUAAAGAGGGACUCAAACUUUCCAGGACUCGUUGUUGAAAGCCUUUUAAUCGGACACAUCUGGCAGUGACUGUUUCACGUCUAAAUUUGACAGCAGGUUGGUUCAAAAAGGUCAUGUUGUGGUCAAAACUUGUGCCUGUUUGUGAUUGUUUCUCAAAUUGUAUCAGGACAUGUGAACUUUGACCUUAGCCUUGCUUGUCAACCAUUUGUGUGGCCUAAUCCAGUGAUAUUUUUUAGGCACCUUUUCCCUUCUGGAAUUAGUUUUUAUAUUUGGAGAGUAUCUCCAUAUCUUCUAAUGCAUCAGUUA